AUGUUGGUCAAUAUCGCGCAAACAAUUGCUAUGCAACUUGGGUUAGAUCAGCCCGAGUCCAUCCAGGACUUUUCUCGUACGAAGAGGAAAUUGACCUUGGUGGAACUUUCCGAGGCAGCGAAAAUGUGGUCCUGCUCAUCAUUGACGUAUUUCAGUAUCUCUUCAACCUACGGUAUGCUACCGGUAUCUUCAAACGGCAUGGUGGAUCUCAUUUGCGACGAAGAGAGCGCGUAUGAUAUCCCCAUAGAGAUGAAACAUCAACUCUUGAUUGCCAGGUUUUCAGCGCGGACCAAUAAAUACAUGUCCAGGAGUAUGCCCUUUUUACGCGAGAGAACCUGCUCCAAAGAAACCAGUGGUAUUCUUGGUUUGUUGGAACAGGAAUACAGCGAUCUAUGUCGCGGUCUCGGCCAAGCACUAACAGCCGAAACCGAGAUUUUGUUAAUUGGGACCGGAAUACAGCUCUACGUAUUCUAUCUUUUGGAUACUGGACAGUCAUUGGCUCGCAAGAUCGGUCUUUUGGGCGCGUUUGACUUCGCAAAAUCACUUAUCAAUAAACUCCAGCAACUUGAUGCCACAGCAGAUAUCAUCAAGUACUCCCCAUUCUCCUAUUUUCGAAUGGCCACUCUGGCUGCCUUAUUCAUUCUUAGACUUGAAGAUUCCAGCUUUGUCGGCCUUGUCGACGUAGAUGGUGGGAAACAAGCAUUCAAUACUGCUUUAAUGCUACUCCGACGUGCCUCUCUGGAAGACAAUGAUCUUCCAGGGCGAACAUCUAAGAUCUUGGUCGAGCUUUGGAGUGCCCAGGCCGCUCACGGCAGAGUGGUGAAGAGCCUCGAUUGA